UUAUCUAUACCAGCCUUGCUAUGUAUUUUUAUGUUGGCUUGAACAUAAUAAUUAGUAUAUGAAAAAAAUAUAGUCGACGAUAAUGUGAUGGGCCGUACCUUCAAAUAACAAGGAGUAAGGAAAAUUAUAUGAUAUGCCGAAAUAAAGCAAACCAACAAUUAUAAAUGUGAAGGUAAUAAAUCCAAUAAAUGUAAUUGUUAUUGAAAGUGAAACAAGUGAACCAAUGUGUUAUGGAUACGUAAAUAUAUACUUAUAUGUAAACACAAAAAAAUGUGGAAUAAUGUGAUAUUGGCUUGUCGUGGUUAAUUUGCUGGCAGGUUGUUAAUGACACCUCUAAUUAGAUGACAUUAGCGCGUAAAUAAAUUUAUAACAUGUGCUUUCGGAAAUCGGUAAGUUUCGGAUGUUUGCUAAAACGCGUAUUUUUCCAUAAGUAAUUUUGAAAUAAAAUUAGCUGCACAAAAUCAAGAAAAAAUCAAGUAAGGAGGGAUAAUUCUAUAUGUAGCCGAAUAUUUUAGAUUCUUGUAAUGUGAAUACGAGCCGAUAGGCAAAAAUUUUAGUACCGAAUCACUUUCUACUAACCGAAGAAUAUCCAUAUACUGGGUAUAUGAGGGUUGAAGGCUAAGUAGGGUUUGGCAGGUAAUCAUUUACUAUGAGCGCACCACACUUUUAGUCCCCGUACUGCCAACAAUUGUACUGGCUGAAGGAAGUAAUCGCGCAGAAGCGAACAGCUUUGGUCAAAGGAAGGAAUUAUGUUCCAUUAGGACAACGCUAGGCCACACACAUCGAUAGUGAGUCGGCCGAAGCUUCGGUGGCUUGGUUUGGCAGGUUGUUAUGAAUGCAACUUAUAGUCCGGAUCUGGCAGCAAGUGACUACUACCUGUUCCUGGCUAUGGUGAAUGAGUUUGCUGGUGACAUAUUCGCCUCAAGAGAAGCUUGUAAAAAUCGACUGUUCCAGUUUUGUGCCAAUAAGAAUGAGGAUUUGUAGGAGCGUCGUAGAUAAGUAUGACAAUCGGUGCUAUAUAUUGUGAUAGUGACCAAACUAUUGUUAAUGAUUUCUACAGUAUUCGCUUGUGUAUUUUAAAUAAAACGCAAUGCUUUCAGAUAGUUAUCAUUAAAUUUUCAAUUUUUGUAACAAUUUUUUGUUCAAAUUUGUCAUACGAAACACUAAAAUUUUUUAGCUGGAAUAGCAAUAAUUACAAACAAUUAUAAUAUAUAUUUUUUAAACAUAUUGCUAAUAAUAUAUUUGUACACAUACAAACAUCUAUAUAUUUUUUCAAAAUUUAUCAAUAAUAAACCAAUCUUUUGCGAAAAAAGUGUGCAAAAAAAAUAAGAGUACGAAAAUGCGUGGCAACAUUCGCGAUUGUGAACCAUCAACAUCAUGUCUGCGUCGUAAUAUUUAUCAUCUGCACGUGCCGCUCUUCGUUUUCGACACGAUACGACUAUUUCAGGAUCAUCCGAAAUUUUUGCGCGGCCUAAAGGAAUACCACAUUAUCGACAUGCUGGAGAAGGAGGGUUAUGCUUGUGGUGACGUUGAGGCACAGGUGAAAAUGGCGUUAAAAGAGCUCUCCUCUAGCGGCUUCGUACGUUACAUAAACAAUGGCUAUAGAACACUGGGACCAUUUGCACGUCUGGCACUGGCGCGUACACCGCGUCAAUUCAAUAUUGCUUGGGAUCGACUUUGCGAGUUGCAAAAAAUCAGCACUACGAGCUUGAAUUCCUCGUGUAGCUCACGCAUUCCAUGUACAAUGUAAGGGAUUAUAAUAAAAUUAGUAGGAAAGCGAGAGAGAGAGUACCACUUUCAAAUGAAAAUAAAAUUUCGCAAUAAAUUAAUUAAAUUAAUUAUUGUAUUCACAGCUUAGUGUAACUAAUAAAAACCAAACGUUUUCCAACAAAGUA